UCAAACUUGAAUGGUUGGCAACUCUAGCAGUCGUAGACAAAUAAAUUUUUAUAGAUAGAAAAUGAUGUUGUCAAAACCACCUGAAAGAUAGUGAAAUUCGGCUUAAUUUUAUACUUUAAUCACGCUGCGGACAAGUGAGAUGUGCUAGCGGAUAAGAUAAGAUGCUGGCCCUGGGCAGAACGGCCUCCUUGGGCGCCUUUUUCACCUGCGCUCCCCCCGCCCCCAGCGUCCUUCGCUUUGCCACCUCGACGAAAACAAAAACAAAUGGGCAAAGGCAAACAGAUGUUUCUCUGCUGUUAUGCAAGCACGCUAAAUUGGCGCAAAAUUCAAUGACGCUGGUUAGAGCAGCGCCGGGAGCCGUGGGAAUAGCAACACGUGAAUUAAGUCCACAAUCGCAGCAGACUGCUAGGCACUUUCACAGUUCGUCAGUGGGAAAAUCAAGGUAUUCGGCCAGCACCAUAAUGACAUCCUACCACAAGGAGCUGCUCCUCAAGGACUACGAUAUAGUGGGAUUCGAUCUGGACGGGACUCUGCUGCGCUACAACAUACGCGAGAUGUCUGCGCUGAUCUAUAAGGUCCUCAAGCAGUUCCUCGUGGAGCAAAAGGGCUACGGCAAGGACCUCCUGGAUCAGCCGCUCAAUGUGGACUUCCUGCAGAAGGGUUUGUUCCUGGACGGACCACGUGGCAAUGUCCUGAAGCUGAGCAACGGGGCCCAAAUCCUGCGCGCCACCCACGGCACUCGUCUGCUAAACGACGCCGAAAUCCAGGGUAUUUAUGGAGCCGAGCGACAGUGGGACAUCACCACCGCCUUCUACAAGGAUCCCCUUUCCACUUGGAAUGGAGCCGCGUCCACACAAAUGCGAUCCCUAUUGGAUUACUUCGAUAUGCCCAGUGCCUUGGUGUUUGCGCAGGCGGUGGAUCAGGUGGAUCGGGAAAAGAAGCCAACGGCAGGGGAGGAAUACCAGGUGUGGCAGGAUUUACAGGCGGGUCUGAUGCACAUCUUCAGCCGCGAUCACUUUGGCAACGACAUAAGCAUGUACUUCAAGGGCAUGCGAGCGGAUCCGGCCAGAUUUGUGCUCCAAACGGACGCCAGCGUGAUGAACUGGCUGGGCGAUCUGCGGAAGUCGGGCAAAAAGCUGUUCCUGCUCACCGGCUCCAAUGUGGACUUUGCCAAUUUAACGGCCACGCAAGCACUGGGCAAGGAUUGGCGGAAGUACUUUGAUUUCGUGGUGACCUACGCCAAGAAACCCGGUUUCUUUACCCUACAGCGACCUUUUAUGCAGGUGGAUGUGGAGAAACUGGUGGAGCUGCCGCAGGAGACGCAGGAAAUAAAGGCUGGCGAGGUCUACUCCCAGGGAAACUGGCACCAGUUGCACGAGGCCAUGGCUAAGAUGCUCCAAAAGGAGCCAUCCAAAGCCAAGGCACUGUAUUUCGGUGACAACAUAAUCCAGGAUGUUUAUACACCGGUCAAACACCGCGACUUCGAUGCGGUGGCCAUAGCUGAGGAGCUGCUCCUGGAGGACGGUAAGUACCCGUAUGCCGCAGAGUUGGAUUCCCAGCUGUGGGGCUCCUACUUUGCCCUGGACUGCACACCCACUCUGUGGGCCAGUUUCAUCAGCAGCUACGCACAGUUGUGUGUGCCCUCGGUGGAGCAAGUGGCGCAGACUUCGCCAGAUAAGCGUAUCAUCUGCUCCAAUCCGUAUGGCUUCAGUCCGCGCCUGCCCAAGGAACUGGAGACGGUGCAGCUCUAGAGCUGCUGGCGGGGAUGAGGGCAGCACCCCUGCUAUCAUCUUCCUGGAGACAAUAAACGACCUGCGACCCCGAGGCGCAGUUAAUCCGAUAACGCUUCUUUCAGUCGAAACCUCUCCAAAAUUCUUACGUACAAACAAUUGUAGGUAUUUAAUAAUAGCAAUAAACAAUGCAAACUUCUGAACUGUUCAAUUAGCAUAUACAGUGCAUGCCAUAGCUAUAAGAAUUCUCUAAAACUGGGAUUAAUAAUGCCAUUUGAUUGGUAUAAAACACAAAUUAAAUAUCUGUUUGGAAUCCUUUUAACCAUAAUAACCUAUAACCAUAUUAAAUAUCGAUAUAACACAAUUAAUUCAUUAUAUAAUGUUGGACAUGAUUCAAGUAUUUACCAAUUUGCCAAUUAUUGUUUUCAAUCCUUAUCUUUUGGUUUAUGAUUUCGAGGUCUUAUUCCAAAGUCCAAAAUAAUAACCGAUAUAAGUAUUUGCACAAAUAACUGAUUUUUAAGUUCAUUUUGUUGAUUAAACAAAUACUUUUUUAGUUGCUAAGAAAAUAAAUAGUUUAAUUAACGAAUUAUACAAUUUAAUAUACGCUAGCCCAAUUUAGUCUAUAUAACUAUAAUUCAAAGUUACUAACCUUUCAAUUGUACGUAUUUUAUAUUGAUGCCAGGCCUUAAUUUAAUUGCCUUAUUUGAAUAAAUAUUUAAGGAUUUGCACGUUGUAA